AUGAAGUCGUUAGUUCUGUGUGUCGUGAUGGCAGUGGUUGUGGCCGCAGUACCCGUGCCACAGCGAGAAGGCGCCGCCUACACCAAAGAGGCUAUCAAGCAGGCACAGAGCACAUACCUCAUUCCCAAGGAUGCGGUAAUACAUAAGGUCGAAGAAGGUAUCGAAUUAGCGGCAUACGAGUCAAUCCCCGGAAACCAAAAGAUUAAUUUGUUUGAAAUCCUUGGAGAUCAGCUGCCGUCAGAAGUGAUAAACAACCUGCAGACCCAGGUCAACCACGUCGGUCAGCAGUAA